AUGGCUGACGCGUUGAAGGCCGAGGGCAACAAAGCCUUCUCUGCUAAAGACUACUCUACUGCUAUCGACAAAUUCACUCAGGCUAUUGCGAUCGAAGCUUCCAACCACAUCCUCUAUUCGAACCGUUCUGCUGUGUAUUCCGCCCAGGGUGACUACCAGAGUGCCCUCGACGAUGCGAACAAGGCAACUGAGUUGAAGCCCGAUUGGUCCAAGGGUUGGGUGCGUAAAGGUGCUGCCCUUCGUGGCCAGGGAGAUCUCUUGGCCGCCCACGAUGCCUACGAAGAAGCCCUCAACCUCGAGCCCGGAAACGACCAGGCCAAGUCUGGCUUUGCCGCCGUGAAGAGAGCCAUUGAUGCCGAAGUGAAGGGAGGCGACGCUGACCCGUCUGGAGGUCUUGGUGGAAUUUUCAACGAUCCUCAGCUGUUCCAGAAGCUUGCCAACAACCCCAAAACAUCCCCCCUCCUCGCGGACGGCGAGUUCAUGGCGAAGCUGCAGCGUGUUAAGGAGAACCCCAACAGCGUUGGCCAGGAGAUCCAGGACCCUCGCUUCUUGCAGGUUAUGAGUGUGCUUCUGGGAAUUGAUAUGAACUUUGGCGCUCCUCCUGAGGGUGCUGCACCAGAGGCUCAGCAGGAGGCACCCAAGCCCGAACCGAAGAAGCAGCCCGAACCCGAACCCGAACCCGAACCGGAAGACGAAGAGACUCUUGCUAAGAAGAAGGCACAAGAAGCCGGUGACGCUGAGAAGAAGAUUGGUAACGACUUCUACAAGAAGCGACAGUUCGACGAGGCUAUUGAGCACUACGAGAAGGCUUGGGAAGCGAACAAGGACGUUACAUACCUCAACAACAUCGGUGCGGCCAAGUUUGAGAAGGGCGAUUAUCAAGGCGCCAUUGAGGUCUGCCAGAAGGCUAUCGAGGAGGGUCGUGAAUACCGUGCGGACUUUAAGGUGCUUGCCAAGUCGUUCGCACGUAUCGGAACUGCUCAUGAGAAGCUCGGUGAUCUCGCCCAGGCCAUCGAGUUCUACAACAAGUCGCUCACUGAGCACCGCACCCCUGAUGCUCUGACGAAGCUCCGAAAUGCCGAGAAGGCUAAGAGCAAGGCCGAGAAAGAAUCAUACAUCGACCCUGCUGAAGCUGAAAAGGCGCGCGAACUGGGUCAGCAAAAGUUCCAGGAGGCCGACUGGCCGGGUGCGGUCGAUGCAUUCACCGAGAUGACGAAGCGGGCGCCGCAGGAUCCUCGUGGAUUUUCCAACCGUGCUGCCGCGCUCGUCAAGCUCAUGGCGUUCCCCCAGGCAGUGCAGGACUGCGACGAGGCCAUCAGCCGGGACCCCAAGUUCAUCCGCGCUUACAUGCGCAAGUCGCAGGCUCUGGUGGCUAUGAAGGAGUACAACAGGGCACUGGACGUCUGCACUGAGGCGCAGGAGCACGAUGACGGUUCGUUUGCUCGCGAGAUCGAGCAGCAGUCACAGAAGUGCCUGGAGUCUCAGUUCAGCGCCCGUGCUGGCGAGACGGAGCAACAGACCAUGGAGCGCAUUCAGAAUGAUCCUGAGAUCAUGUCGAUUCUCCAAGACCCCGUUAUGCAGAGCAUCCUGCAGCAGGCCAAGAGCGACCCGGUGGCCCUGCAGGAGCAUAUGAAGAACGCGCAAGUGCGGACAAAGAUCCAGAAGCUGAUGGCGGCUGGUGUGAUUCGCCUGGGACGGUAA